GCCAUAUGAUUUUAACCCCACCGUUGAGAGCCAUGAUGGUCGCAUGUUAAGUCACCAUGGCCGCGCCUCUCACCAACGAUGAGUUUUUUACCAAGCUCUCGGAGCUCUUCGACAAGAACAGGUCCGAAACCCAAGGAUCUGUCUUCUUAACCCAGAAGCGCUUGACAUACUCAGCUCCCUCCGACACCUUCCCCGCGCAAGCCGACGCGGCAUCCUUCCCCGACCUUGCGCCCACACAACCCCUUACCCUCCUCAUACGGGCCACAGAUGGCAAGCACAAGUCCAAAGUGCGCCUCUCGACCAUUGUCACCGCAGAUGCCCUGGAGGGCUUUUUCAGCAGAUACGCCGAGGUGUGCAAGGCCGGCAUGUCGGGAUUGAAGAAGCGCGAUAGGAGUAAGGCGAAGGCGAGGCAAAAGGCGAAGAAGAAGGUGGUUGUCCCGGCGGGCGAGGAGAAGAAGUGAAGCUAGAGCAUAGAGGGUUGGCGUUGGAGGUAUAUGAAUAUAUGGAAUAGAUGGCCGGACGUACGUUUGGGUCAUUGUUUUUAAGAUGCAUCACUGGAGACGAGGUUUAUGAAUCCAAUGGACGUGAAUUAUUCUCCUAUGCGUGUAUACCGUUCUAUGAAAGCAAGCUCCACUGCUAAUAUCGAUACAACGUCAGUGAUAAUGCUGCGCCCGUCUUCCUCUUAGGCCCCUUUUCCAGCAGAAGCAGAACUUACUGCUGCUCUCGGAUUAGCUCUACAAUUCUGGACAAAAUAUCGAAAUUCAUAUCCUCCAUUAUUAUUAGCUUUCAGCGUUGGAUCGUGUUUCUAAUAUCCAGAGAAACCACUGUUAGCAUGCCACGAAUAUAAAACCAGACGUCACCUUUAUUUGGCAG